AUGUAUCGUCGACGUCACAGUUAUCCGUAUGAACAUCGCGAAGAAGUCAAUAGUCAACUGGAUCAUCUUAUUUACGAACAUGAUCAACUUCAAAAACAAGUUCAAUCUCAAACAAUAAAUGAUAUUUCUCGUCCACUUACCGCUCAGAUAAAUCAAUGGGAACAAGAUUCGAUUAAUCGAGUAAGAGCUUCAGCCGAACAAGCGCGUAAUAAAGUGGCACAAUUAAUCGAUGAAAAUCGUCAGCAUAUAACACGACGUUUAAGGGUAGUUAGCGAUGAAGUAAAGAUAAAAAAGAUGGUAUAUGUAGAGUUAGAUUUAGAGCGAUGGAAUCAAGAAAUUGAAAAAUUAAAAAAAGAAGUAAAUAUGAUUCCUACGUUACUCACUGACACUAAUUCCAUUAAAGUUAUACCUGCUAUUUCUUCAACAUCAUCGUUAUUCUUUACUGAUACACUAGUCCGAACUGAAAAAUUCGAUAAAGUAUACGGUCCAGCAAAAAUCGAACAAUGGGGAAGCAUCGCUGAACAACAGUCAUUGGAUCAAUUUUCACAUGUUCGAGGCUCUCAAUUAUAUUCAACUGGUGUCCAUCGUAUUCAAUUAAAAAUCGAAAAAAUGUUGAAUAAUGCUUGGCAUUUCUUCGGUAUAAUAUCCUCAGAGACACCUAUUGAUCAGACAAUUAAUUCAACUGGUGAAUAUGGUUGGGGCUAUGGAUACAAUCAAGUAUGGCUUAAAGGUGUUCAACACAAAGGCUAUGGUGGAUACGACUCGGAUAUGCGAGAAGGCGAUCAAAUUGAAUUGGUGAUAAAUUGUGAUGCGAAGCGAAUUGAGUUGCAUAACAAACGGAUUCAACACAAACACUAUGAUAUACCUAUUGAUGUCAAAACAUGUCCACUACCAUGGCAAUUAAAUGUUGGACUGUAUUAUGUUGGCGAUCGAGUGAGAAUUAUAUAG